UUAGCAUUGGCGGGGGAUGCUGGAGCAUAUAUAUUAUAUAGACACACACAUAUAUAUAUAUUUAUAAAUAUACAGUGAAUUUGAAGAAGAAGAAGAAGAAGAAGAAGAAAAAGAUAGAGAAGAUGAUUGGCAAAGUAGCUGUUUCGGUUACUUCUGUCAUUCUUGUUGUUGGGGUGGCGCUUGCUGUGGUGGCUGUAGUUCACCACAAUGCGAGCAAGAACAAUGCGGAGAGUCUGUCGCCGCAGAUGAAGAUGGUGAAAGACAUUUGCAGUAAGACGGAUUAUCUGGACGCUUGCCAGAAGAGUCUUAGCCCUGUGGCGGAGAAGGGAAACACAGACCCCAAGGAAUUCAUAAAGGCUGCAAUCCAAGCCACAAUCAACGAGGUUUCCAAAUCGGCCAACUUUUCCGACAUGCUGGUGCAGAACGCGUCGAACAUCCCGAGAGUGAAAAUGGCAGCGGAGGAUUGCAAGGAGUUGAUGAGCUUCUCCAUCGACGAGCUACAGGCCUCGUUCACUACGGUCGGAGAAAGCGACUUGCACACCAUGAACGACCGGGCUGAUGAACUUAAGAACUGGUUGAGCGCUGUCAUUUCGUACCAGCAGACAUGUCUUGACGGCUUUGAAGCACCCGAAUACCGUAAACUCAUGGAAGACAACCUCAACGACGCCGCUUCACUCACCAGCAAUUGUCUGGCUAUCGUUUCCGAGCUCGCCGAUAUCCUUAAGGUGUUUGGCUUGGAGUUCAACAUCAAGCCCCCUGGUCGCCGCCUUCUUAGCCAGGACGGGUUCCCGACAUGGUUCUCCGCCUCCGACCGCAAGCUCUUGGCUUCGGUGGACAACGGCAGGGUUAGACCGAACGCGAUUGUGGCCAAGGAUGGCAGCGGACAAUUCAAAAGCAUUGCCGCAGCAGUGGCCGCUUACCCCAAGAACCACAGAGGCCGAUAUGUUAUCUACGUUAAGAGUGGAGUCUAUAACGAGUACAUUACCAUUGAGAAGAAUAUGAAGAACGUGUUCAUGUUCGGUGAUGGACCUAGAAAGACCAUCGUCACUGGCCGUAAGUCCAACCGCGACGGCUUCACCACCUUCAAGACCGCCAGUUUCUCGGCUAUAGGAGAAGGAUUCAUUUGCAAGUCAAUGGGUUUCCAAAACACUGCCGGACCGGAGGGACACCAAGCGGUGGCUCUCCGCGUCCAAUCAGACAUGUCGGCGUUCUUCAACUGUAGAAUGGAUGGUUACCAAGACACGUUGUACGUGCAGGCCCACAGACAGUUGUACCGCAACUGCGUGAUUUCCGGAACCGUCGACUUCAUCUUCGGCGACUCCUCCACGGUUAUCCAGAACUCGUUGAUCAUUGCGAGGAAGCCCAUGGACAACCAACAAAACACGGUGACAGCGCAAGGCAGAGCCGACAAGCGCGAGACGACCGGGCUGGUGAUCCACAACUGCAGGAUCGUGCCGGAGCAGAAGCUGUACCCAUUGAGGUUCAAGAUCCCGACAUACCUCGGGAGGCCAUGGAAGGAGUACGCCAGGACUGUGAUCAUGGAGACCACUCUUGCGGACUUCAUCCAGCCCCUCGGAUAUCUGCCAUGGGCGGGAAGCUUCGCGCUCAGUACCUGUAGCUACUUUGAGUAUGCCAACCGUGGGCCCGGCUCUAGGACUGUUAGGAGGGUGAGGUGGAAGAAUGUGCGAGUCAUCAGCAGGAGGGAGGCUAUUCAAUUCACUGCCGUUCCUUUCCUCCAAGGGAACUUCUGGUUGAAGGCCACCGGAUUUCCUUUCCUGCCGGGCUUGAGGCGUUGAUGAUCUCAUGCCAUUCAUGCAUGGAGGAGUUUAGAUAUCGUGUUGUAUUUUUUUUGCGUGGAGUGUGUGGAUAUAUGAUGUGGACGUACGAAAGGCUUCGAGGGAAACACAAUUAGAUAAGAAAAAAGAAAAAUUAAUUUAUUCAUAUAAUGGGCUUAAUUUGUACGUUUAAUUAUGUCGUUAGGAUUCUUUGAGGUCCCUCUUUGUUCCAAUGUAUUUUGAUUUUGGUAUACCACUUUAA